AUGCUCGGUAUACUACAACGUGCCCGCUACGUCUCCUGGCUGGUGGUAGCUAAUGAAGCCUUCACCCAUGUCACCUACUUAUUGAUGCCUUUCUUGUUCACCGUUUUUGGAAACGAUCGAUAUUUGCCCACAACACCUGGCGAAACUUAUGGAUUAAGUCCGAAAUACGAGACACCAUUUUACGAAAUAACAUUUGUCCUGACGUGUGUCGCGACCGCUUUUUCCGCCAUUAAUCAGACUGGCUACAUUGUGCUCUUCGUCACGCUCAUCUGUCACGAGCUGGGACACUUCUACGCAAUCACGGAAGCACUGGACGAGAUUCAUACAAUCUUGAUAGAGAACGAACGUUCUCGAAAUAAUGUUGGCGAAGAAAGAGAAAGGGAGUCAGUCGACGAAUUGAUAAUGUUCUGCGUGAAACAUCACCAGUUUCUAAUGCACUACCACGCCAAGAUACGGGAGUUAUACAAAAUGAUAUUUGGAGCACACUUUCUCAGUAUGACGGUUGUUUUGGUAACAACACUGCAGACUAUGAAUGCAUGGGAUGUGCGGAACACGAUACUGACGGGGGUGACGGGUAUCAUGCCAUUGUUUUUGUAUUGUUUCGGCGGCGAAAUGCUCAUAUCCGCGGGGCUACAAAUGUCCACAUCUGUUUACAGCUGCGGCUGGGAGUUAAUGGAGGCAAAACAAGCGCGUGGAAUUCUCUUGAUGCUUUGUCUAUCGCAGCGCCCCCUGUAUUUAACCGCAGCCGAAAUAUUUGUUAUGAAUAGAGAGACGUUCGGCGAUGUGGCGCAGGUUGUUUACAAAAUAUACGCGGUUUUCAAUUAA